AUAUUCAGCCAACGCUGACUACAACGUCGCGACGCUGUCGACGUCUCCUUUAUUUGACGUCGAGUCGUCGCAGCGGCUGGCUGUGUUAAAAUAUACAUACUAGAAAAGUAGACUGCGCUGCCUGCUUCAUUCUUGGAACAAAAAUUUCACUGUUGGCAGCGACUGAGAAAUAAAAUUGAACGUCGACGUCGCGACGAUUCCUCCUCGAAGAAGACCAAAUCAAAAUAAAAACAAAUAAACUAUAAAGGGUGCGUGCGCGCCAAUUAUUUAACAACAAUUAGCAAACGAAAGAAACAAAUGCACACACUGAGUGCAGCCAUCGAAAUGGACAAACUGGAUGCCAACCUGGAGCAGCAGUUUGAUCUCAAUCUAAUUGAGGCAGUUAAAAUGAAUCCCGUUAUAUACGAUCGCUCACAUUACAAUUAUAAGCAUUUUGUGCGUAAGGCGCAGACUUGGAAGCAAAUCGCUGAAACACUUGGAGUUAGCGAACAAAAAUGUACAAAGCGUUGGAAGAGCUUACGCGACAAAUUCGCGCGCGAAAUGAAACUAUGCCAAGAAUCGCGCUGGCGCUACUUCAAGCAAAUGCAAUUCCUUGUGGACUCCAUUCGCCAGUAUCGUGAAUCGCUGCUGGGCAAGUGUGCUAACGGCAGCCAGAAUGCCAAUCAAGUGGCCGAUCCCACGCAACAGCAACAGGCCCAGCAGCAGACGGUCGUCGACAUCUUUGCACAGCCGUUCAAUGGCAGCGCCACCACAUCCGCACAGGCACUGACGCAUCCGCACGAUUUCCCCAUAGAAAUCACUGUCACUGGAGAUGCCCAGCUCGCCACCGCUGUGGGCAAGGAUCAGAAGCCAUAUUUCUAUGAGCCGCCGCUGAAGCGUGAACGGGGCGAGGAAGAGCACAGUGACAAUAUGCUGAACAGCAUUAAGAUAUUCCAGAACAAUGUCUCGCAAGCGGUCAGUGCCGAGGAUCAGUCGUUUGGCAUGGUCGUCACCGAUAUGCUCAACACGCUGGGCGUGCGGCAAAAGGCCGAGGCCAAGGUGCACAUCAUCAAGUAUCUGACGGAUAUGCAACUGUUGGCACAGCAUAACAAAUACUAACUGUCGAGUCGUUUGUAGCAUUACCAGCAUCAACAGCAAUUGCUGCAACUGCUCCAAUUGGAUAAUGUGCUGGACGCUCGAUGGUUAAUGUAAAGCAGCUACAUACAACAACAACAAAUAAACAACCAACAAUAUAAAAAAAAAAAAUCCCAAAAACAGGAGUUGCCUGUUUUUUUUUCUAGCUAUUAAGUCUUAAAAGUCAAACUAAAGUUUAGAAUUAGUUAUAAAACAACACACUUCAUAUACA